GGAGUCGAUCCCAAAUUUGCAGCGGGGGAAGCACGCGCACGGACGACCACGUGUGCGUCCCCGUGUGCGUCCUUCGGCGCUGAGGUGCUCGAGGUCCUUCCUGUCAUCUCCGCCUCUCUCAUCUUGUCGUGUCGACAUUCGACAUUGUCGAAGGCAUCGUCUGAGGCACUCUCUGAGGCACUCCCCGAAGGUCAGGGCAGCGUGUGCGCAGCUAGUGGUGUUCGGCUCCGCGCUUUCGCGAGGCGAGGCGAGGCGAGGCGAUGGCGGGCAGGCUGUUAGCCGCGGCGGCGCGCACGGCGCGGCAGCUGAGCUCGAAGGUUGGGGCCGUAACUGCAAAUCCCAGUGCUCGCGGCGGCGAUGGAGGAGCGCUGUGGGGAGUGUGUUCUCAUCGGUGCUUUUCGGCGGAUGCGGUCGCCGUCUCUGCUGAUGAGCGGUUCACCCGCUAUAAUUCCGCCGUCCCAGUCGCGCACGACCACGGGUCGCUGUUGACGACACCAGCCACGAAGGUGACACGCCUGCCGAACGGGUUGCGCGUGGCGACCGAGACGGCGCCUUUCGCCCAGACGGCGACCAUUGGCGUUUGGAUCGACGCGGGCUCGAGGUUCGAGACAGCGGCGACGAAUGGAACAGCGCAUUUCCUCGAGCACAUGGCAUUCAAAGGAACGAAGAAUAGGAGUAUGCGGCAACUGGAAGAGGAGAUAGAAAAUAUGGGGGGUCAUCUCAACGCGUACACGUCGAGGGAGCAAACCACGUAUUACGCGAAGGUGUUGAAGAAGGACGUGCAGGUUGCUGUCGACAUUCUAGCCGACAUCUUGCAGAACUCGUCGCUUGACGAGAGGAGUAUCGAGAGAGAGAGAGGCGUCAUCCUGCGGGAGAUGGAGGAGGUUGAGGGUCAAGUCGAGGAAGUUCUAUUUGACCAUCUGCAUGCAACAGCCUUCCAGCACAGUCCCUUAGGAAGGACGAUCCUUGGGCCUGCCUCGAACAUCAACUCCAUUUCAAGGGCUCAUCUUCUGGACUAUAUUUCCACUCAUUACACGGCACCCCGAAUGGUCAUAGCAGGAUCAGGCGGCGUGGAACACGAGCAGCUUGUUGAGCUUGUAAAGAACUCCUUCAAGUCUCUUUCGGAGGACAAGACAACGGCAGCGGAUCUGAUUGUAAAGGACCCAGCUGUCUUCACGGGCUCAGAGGUGCGGAUCCGAGAUGAUGAUAUGCCUCUUUGCCAUUUCGCAGUUGCUGUGAAGGGAGCCGCUUGGACGGACCCAGAUUCCAUUCCUCUAAUGGUUAUGCAAUCCAUGUUGGGAGCAUGGAACAAGAAUGCAGGAGCUGGCAAGCACAUGGGGUCAGAGCUGGCCCAGAAGGUGGCUGCCAAUGAUCUUGCCGAGAGCGUGAUGGCUUUCAACACGAACUACAGUGAUGCAGGACUUUUCGGUGUAUAUGCUGUUGGUCAGCCGGACAAGCUGGAUGAUCUUGCAUACUGUAUCAUGCACGAGGUGGCAAGGAUGAUCUACCGUGUUUCAGACGGUGACGUUAUUCGAGCUCGCAAUCAACUGAAGUCCGGCUGUCUGCUCCAUUUGGACGGCACCAGCCCAAUAGCAGAGGAUAUUGGCCGUCAGAUGCUCACAUACGGGCGCAGACUGCCACUGGCUGAGCUCUUUGCCCGAAUUGAUGCAGUUGACGCAGACACAGUGAAGCGUGUUGCAGAGCGCUUUAUCUUUGAUAAGGACCUUGCAUAAAGGCGAAUCGCGUUCAGGUAUGAAAGCCUUGUUAUGACUCCUCCCUCUGAAGGAUAAGCUUCAAUGAACAUGCCACAACACUCCCACGAUCACCGCGAUCCAGACACUUUUCCCGCCCAUUUAAUCUGUAGGAGGAACCGGCAGUGUGUACAAACGGUAGCGACGUAAUCGGCCUGAGCUGAGAUCACGUAUGGUUACUAUCCAAUGCACAUUCAUAUGACCUUUUCCCCAAUAGCUGGCGUACUUUUUCAGUUCCGCGAAAAGACAUCUUCCCUGCUCAGUGUCCUUGGCCCGAAAUUGUCUAUCAUAUCAUAGCCGUUAAGUGAACUACGCCACAUGACUCUACGGCUGUAAACCACCCGUACUACCUAAAGUCGUGGCCGUUAACGCGCCACGAUGUUAGGAAACGUACGGGCUACGACAGGAGCGCCCAAAUUCAUCCGACUAGAAACGUUUCUACUCUAUUUUUUUUCCGCGGCCGAUAGCUGGGCCAAGAACUGGUGGUUUAACAUCGCUCCAAUAGACUGUGACCUGCAUGGAAAAGUUUGUAACGUGCACUGCUUUGAGAGACUUUAUCGUUGAUGAAGAACAACGCUCAUGGGUACCUAAAACUCGUGGAACGGACCUUUCCAAAGCUGGCCCGAAAGAGACAAGGAAUGACAGGACUGACCCACAGUAGAGAGGUCCGCAGUCACAUGAGGAGUUCUCUCCAAGACAGGUCCGCAGUCACACGAGGAGUUCUCUCCAAGACAGGAAGUUGGAUGGAUACACGUCGGCUGUUUUCGUCGUUGAGCUCGGAUUGAAUGCAGUGAACACAGUGUGUCUCAUCGUUGAAGCUGGUGUCAGCUUGGCCUUGCUGAUCUUUCGCUAUGUUUCUUAUCUUCAUUCUCUUCCACCGUCUGUCGUUAUUCCUUCCUCCCCUCCCUUAUCUGAUCCUUUGUUUCUGAGCGGUUUGGAGGAAUCCAAAUUCCUCAUUCCACUUCGAUCUUGUCCUUCCUCGUCCUUGUGGCCUUUGCCAUCACUAUGAAUGCUAGGGUCCCGUUGCCAAUGGAACUACCUUAUUCCCCCGAAUACAACGUACGGUAUCACAGCUGUAUUCGGGGUGUCUUUCAGUCUACAUACGACUGUAAUGACAGUACGCUGUAUUUGGGGGAAGAAGGUAAGUCAUCAGUAAAGAACGCCUUCAAGA